UCAAUCGUGAAGCUUGUGCUCUGUUUUUAAAAUAAAUCAACCUUUAAUAUUUAAGAACUUAGAAACAUCUAGACGUUCCAAUGAAUAACUACAUUGUUUUAUUUGUUUUGAUUUCCAUUCUUCACUUCUCACAAUCUCAAGUUCCUGGAUUCGGAAGAUUUCCAGCUGUCAGUAUUGUACAGAAUUUUGAUGUACACCGCUACAUGGGACUUUGGUAUGAAGUCCGUAAAUAUCCAUUUAUUUUCCAACUUGGUGGACGUUGCACUACUGCUGAAUAUACAUUACAAGCUGACUCAACAGUAAAAGUUGUUAAUACGCAAGUUCGUAAUGGUGCUGAAGACUCAGUUAUUGGAAGUGCAACACUUGUUAAACCUGGAGUUGGAUCGUUGACUGUAUCAUUUCCAGAGGCACCAUUUACUUCAGAAGGCAACUACAAUGUCCUUUACACCGAUUAUAAUAACUUAGCAGUAGUUUAUAGCUGCAGCAGCUUCUUAGGAUUUUUGAAUGCAAAGUCUGUUUGGAUUUUGUCACGUCAACGAUUCCCAACCUCAGAUUUAUUCGAGAAAGCCUAUGAAGUCUUGAGAGACAACGAUGUGUCAACAAUUUUCUUAUCACAAACUAAUCAAAAGGACUGUCCUGAAAGAGUGACUUUUAAUGCUGUUUAAAAACUUAGCCUAAAAUAAGUUCAAACAUCAGGUCAACAACAUCCAGUACGUUUUCACGUGAAUAAUUGCUUUACUGUCACUGAAUCAUUUUAAAAGUCAUGUAAACUGUAGAAAAACAAGAAAUUAGAUAAAAGUGUGUACGCAGCACUGUUGUUUUAUUCAUUAUCUUAAAUUGUCUGCA